CCGCUUGAGGAGUAUAUAUAAUAUAUCUCUAAGUUAGGUAAACUAGAUUCUGCACUUAUAUUAUUCAAGUCCAAUAUAAUAUAGAAAGCGCGCGCGAAAGUCAUGCAUGCACGUGAAGAAAUAAUUAAAUGCUCAAGUUUCAGAAAUAAAUAAUGAGAGGAAGUGGAAAGAUGUAAGCUAGAAUCAACAUUAUAAAUAUUAUGGAGAAGUUCUACCAGAAAAAGAAAAUAGACUGAAAAAAAUGUUUUCUUAUAGGAAGCUUAAGGUUUUCAUCCUGUGCUACCUUGGUAUUAUUGUGCUCGCUCCAGUGCAUGCUUUAGUUCAUAAGUUUGAAGUGAGAAGAUCUUCACACACAAGGCUAUGCAGCACCAAAAGCAUGCUAACAGUAAACGGGCAGUUCCCGGGGCCAACUAUAUAUGCUAGAAGGGGAGAAUUGGUGGUAAUCGAUGUUAUUAAUCGCGCCGAUGCAAAUAUAAGUAUCCAUUGGCAUGGAGUCAAAAUGCCGAGAUAUCCAUGGACAGACGGCGUCACCCAUGUGACGCAGUGUCCUAUUAGUCCCGGCAAGAGGUUUAGACAACGGAUGUUGCUCUCCAACGAAGAAGGCACUUUAUUUUGGCACGCCCACAUCGAUUGGUCUCGAGCUACUGUGUAUGGCGCCAUCAUCAUCCUACCGCCCAAGGCACACACUUAUCCUUUCCCUAAGCCUCAUGCUGAACUUCCCAUCUUACUAGGAGAGUGGUGGAAUGCUGAUGUGCAACAAGUUUUCGAGAAGUCUAUAAACGAAGGAGUAGCUGCCGAUUUUUCUGAUGCUUUCCUCAUGAAUGGUCAACCUGGCGACCUGUAUCCCUGCUCAAAACAAGAUACAUUGAAGUUGAGUGUGGAGCCGGGCAAGACUUACCUGAUCAGAAUGGUUAACGCGAUGAUGAACUUCAUUAUGUACUACAAAAUCAAGGACCACAACGUGACGGUGGUGGGCAUGGACGGCGCCUACACGAAGCCGCUGAACACCGAUCACAUCGCGAUCGCCCCGGGCCAGACCAUAGAUUUCCUUCUGGAAGCCAACCAGCCGCCCGGCCGUUAUUACAUGGCCGCCAGAGUAUGGGCCAGCCCCUAUUGGCAUACUUACAUCCCCACCACAGGAAUCGUCGAGUACGUCGGUAACUACACCCGGCCUUCGUCACCGGCGCUUCCCUCUUUCCCGGGAUUCCAAGGCUGGGCGGAGUCCACCCAUUUCAGCAAGAGGCUCAAAAGCCUCGCCAACGACAACUAUCCCAUCAAACUUCCUAUGAACAUCACACACCACCUCUUCUUCGCUCUCUCCAUCAAUGUGGGGCCCUGUUUCUCAAAUUCUUGCAAGAAUGGCGACAGGCUGCUGGCCAGCAUCAACAACAUCUCCAUGCUGUACCCGCAAACCCUAAAUAUUCUUGAGGCCUAUUACAAAGGGAUCGGAGGAGUUUUCACGGCCGAUUUCCCGGCCAAGCCGUCAACAAUAUUCGACUUCACGCAAGGCUAUAAGCCAGAGGAUGAGGGGUUUUCCGAAUUCGGAACGGCUGUGUAUAUGUUGGACUAUAACUCGGAAGUUGAGAUCGUGCUUCAAAGCACCAACUUAGGCAUCGGAAUCGAUCAUCCCAUACAUUUACAUGGAUACAACUUCUACGUGAUCGGAACUGGAUUCGGGAACUUCGACCCAACCACGGAUCCGCCAAACUAUAAUCUCGUUGACCCGCCGUUGAUGGACACGGUUGCCGUUCCGAAAAAUGGAUGGAGCACUAUCAGAUUUAAGGCUAACAAUCCAGGAGUGUGGUACAUGCACUGUCAUUUCGAACGUCAUUACACUUGGGGAAUGAAGAUGGUGUUCAUCGUUAGAGACGGGGAAGGCCCCAAUGAGAAGAUGUUGCCUCCGCCCCCUGAUAUGCCGCGCUGUGAAACGCCAAAUCAACAAUUAUUGUUUAGGAUUUAAUCAUAUCAUUUAUUAAUUUGCUUCGGAUUUUAAUAGUAUUAUUAUACUUAUCUAUCACAUAAAAAAAAGUCUAGCUUGUCGGCAACGGAAAAUUUUCCUACUCCCGAUGCCAGUGUUCACUUUCAAUUUAUCAGUUUAAUUAAAUUUAAAUAGUAUUAAAAGUUAACUUUAUUUUAUCUUCCGUUUAUGUAAUCAUUGAAGUCAUUUCAAUUUUCAAUUUUUAUCUGCUCAA